AUGCGCAGGAGACCCCUCUGUGUCUCCCACAUCGGUCUAGGUCUGCCACGGCUCUCGGCUACUGUUUUCUUCGCAACAAGCCCGAAAGCGCCCGUCGGGAACGGCGGCCGCCCCCGCAGGGCGGGGGAUGGGACUGUCUCCCCGCCCCGCCCUCACCCAGCCCGCCGCCCCCUGCCCCCAGCCCCAGCCUUGGAUUCGGCGGCCGCCGGGGACCUGACCGACGCGCUGUGCGAGUUUGAUGCGGUGCUGGCCGACUUCGCGUCGCCCUUCCACGAGCGCCACUUCCACUACGAGGAGCAUCUGGAGCGCAUGAAGCGGCGCAGCAGCGCCAGCGUUAGCGACAGCAGCGGCUUCAGCGACUCCGAGAGUGCUGAUUCGCUUUAUAGGAACAGCUUCAGCUUCAGUGAUGAAAAACUGAACUCUCCAACAGACAGCACUCCCUCUCCGCUCUCUCCCACCGUCCCUCCCCGGAAAGCCAAACUGGGAGACACGAAGGAGCUUGAAGACUUUAUUGCUGAUCUUGACAGAACAUUAGCAAGUAUGUGAAAUGAGACGUUCUGGGUCCUUUCAUCAUAAGGGAGAAGCUGCAGAGAUCUCUGAGGACCUGAUACAAUCAGCUACAGAAUUUGCUGCUGGAGGGGACAGAGAUGCCGCUCACCUACCCCCAGGCCAUUCUCAGGCUUAAACACCUUUGGGCUCAUCUCUGGGCAAGUUAGAAACUGCCUUUGUUUACCUGCUUGCAGCGUAUUAGAACAGACGAUUCCUGCUAAUAUUGUAUUUUCUCUUAAAACAUAGCUUUUCUGUAAUUUAAAAUGCUUUUAUGAAAAUAUUUGUAAUUAAUUAUAUAUAGUUGGAAACAGUAAUAUGCUUUUCCCAUUAUAAUAUAUUUUUGUAUGCAAAUAAAGUUUGAACUGGA